GUAGGCGUGUCUUGUAUAACACAUGGUUGACUCUGGACUGUUUGUCUCAGGGACUCCAUUGUAUUUCCCGAUCCCAUGGCCAUAUGAAACAUAUCGUCAGUUCCUAACUGACAACAAGUCUAAAUCUAGAAGUUCACGAUGUCUUCCGCUACUCAAGCACUGAUCGUACUGUCCUCCAAAGACCUUCCGGAUGACAUAUCUUUCUUCGUUGCAAUCGGUUUCCGACAAGACAGAAUAUACCCAGCUGACAACCCUGCUGUGGCAAUACUGACUGGCCAUGGCUUACAAAUCCAACUGGACAAGGGAACUGAACCUCAACCAGCUACAAUUCACAUUUUAACCGAUUCUCCAGAGUCCAUCUCACCGGAUGCAAAAACGGAAUUAUUUGCUCCCAACGGUACAAAAAUCCGGGUCCUUCCGAAAUCAAACAAACUCGUAAUUCCACCACCUCAGCUGAAAUUUGAAGUAAGUUUAGAGAAAGAUUCUUCUUGGGUAGUAGGCCGUGCAGGCAUGCUCUAUCGAGAUCUUGUGCCUUCGAGAGUUGGAGGAGCGUUUAUAGCUUCUCACAUUCACAUACCGAAUGGAGGUCCGGUACCGGAUUUGGUUCACUUCCAUACGGUACGAUUUCAACUCAUAUUUUGCUACAAAGGAUGGGUAAAGGUGGUGUAUGAAGACCAAGGCGAACCUUUCGUUCUGUACCCUGGAGAUUGCGUCAUUCAGCCACCUGAAAUACGGCAUCGGGUUUUAGAAUCAGGAGAUGGUCUUCAAGUUAUCGAAAUUGGUGUCCCUGCACAGCACAUGACCACAGGGGAUCACAAUAUGGAGUUGCCUACAGGUGUGCACAGGCCAGAGAGAGAAUUCAACGGACAAAGAUUUUGUCAUCACACAAAAGACAAUGCCACUUGGUCUCCGUGGAGAAUGGACGGCUUUGAAUUCUGUGAUACAGGUGUUAGUACAGCUACUAAAGGAGUCGCUAGUGUGCUCAUUGCUCGACCACAACCUAAUUCUAUUUCGUCUACUUCACACUCCAUACACGAGUUCGAUAUCCACUUUACGUUUCUGCUAAAAGGAAACGUUGAUGUUAGCGUUGAGGGCAAAGAACGUCAAGCUUUAACUGACGGAGAUGCUUUUACUAUACCUUCAAAUGUUAAAUACGAAUAUUCGAACUGUUCGAAUGAUAUGGAACUGUUAGAAGUCUCAAUAAAGUCAAUUUGAAAUUUAUAUAUGAAUUCAUGCUACAUGUAUAAUUAUGUUUACGUUGAUAUGGCACUAUAAUUAUAGAUAAUUAACGUUUGUAUAUAUAAUUUGAUACAUCAC